AUGGAGACCAAGCCAAAACUACACGUCGUUCAAGCCUUAAAGCUACUAUUUUUUCUCUUCACUGUCCACUCUCUCUUCUUCUUCCCUUUCGCACUCUCUGAAAUCUUCUUUGAAGAACGUUUUGAAGAUGGAUGGAAAGAUAGAUGGGUUUUAUCAGACUGGAAAAGAAGUGAAGGCAAAGCUGGUACUUUCAAGUACACAGCAGGGAAAUGGCCUGGUGAUCCGGAUGAUAAAGGCAUUCAAACCUUUAAAGAUGCUAAGCAUUUUGCUAUAUCUGCAAAGAUAUCACCUGAGUUUAGUAACAGGAAUAGGACUUUAGUGGUUCAGUAUUCUAUUAAGUUUGAGCAAGAUAUUGAGUGUGGUGGUGGUUACAUUAAGCUGCUUUCUGGUUAUGUUAAUCAGAAGAAAUUUGGUGGUGAUACUCCCUAUAGUUUUAUGUUUGGACCUGAUAUGUGUGGGACACAAACAAAGAAGCUUCAUGUUAUAUUGUCGUAUCAAGGACAGAAUUAUCCCAUCAAGAAGGAUUUGCAAUGCGAAACUGAUAAGUUGACUCAUUUCUAUACAUUUAUACUUAGGCCUGAUGCAUCUUAUAGUGUGUUGGUUGAUAAUAGAGAGAGGGAAUCAGGAACCAUGUAUACAGAUUGGGAUAUACUUCCUCCGCCGAAAAUUAAAGAUACUAAAGCAAAGAAGCCGGCAGACUGGGAUGAUAGAGAAUAUAUUGAGGACCCUAAUGAUGUCAAACCAGAGGGGUAUGAUUCUAUCCCCCGGGAGAUUCCUGAUCCUAAGGCUAAAGAGCCUGAUGAUUGGGAUGAAGAAGAGGAUGGAAUAUGGAGGCCACCAAAGAAACCGAAUCCAGCUUACAAAGGACCAUGGAAAAGAAAGAAAAUCAAGAACCCCAACUAUAAGGGAAAAUGGAAGACUCCAUGGAUUGAUAACCCAGAGUUUGAAGAUGAUCCUGACCUUUAUGUGCUGAAGCCCAUAAAAUAUGUGGGUAUUGAAGUUUGGCAGGUGAAGGCUGGGUCAAUUUUUGACAAUAUAUUGAUCUGUGAUGAUCCACAAUAUGCAAGAGAAGUUGUAGAAGAAGUUUUUCAGAAUAGAGAGAUUGAAAAAGAUGCUCUUGAGGAAGCAGAGAAAGUGAAGAAAGCUCGAGAAGACGAGGAAGCUCAAAGAGCAAGGGAGGAAGGUGAAAAGAGGAGGAAAGAAAGGGGCUACAGGAAGCCUCGUAGAAGGCACGAUCCUCGGGAUUACUUGGAUGAUUACCAUGUAAGCAUAUAUUUGGCACUCUCUCUCCAAGUGGUAAAAGAUCAAGGGAUGAACUCUAAGUUAUCCAAGCCUGGUCCCAACUGUGUCUUACAAUUGAAAGAGACUACCAAGUUUCAGAUUUCUGAAGUCAGCAUUUUUCUGUCUGAAGCAUGUGAUGUGAUGAUGUUGUAUCUCCUGUUGUAUUGCUGUUGUUGUAACGUUAGAGACCCACCAGGGCCACCGCCACCAACAAAUAAGCUUGCCCUAGUUGACUUGCCAAUACAGCCAUUAAGGUUUUCCUGGGUUCUCAUUACUUGA